AUGCAACCAUUCGUUACAGGACAUGAAGAGUUAAUUCAUGAUAUCAAAUAUGAUUUCUAUGGUAAACAUAUAGCAACUGCAUCAUCUGAUCAGCACAUUAAAGUAUUUGACUUUGAUGCAGCAACCACGUCAUGGAUAUUGAAUGAUCUGUGGAAAGCCCAUGAUUCGCUGAUAUUGAGAGUAUCGUGGGCCCACCCCGAGUUUUCAAGCUCCAAAAUACUUGCCUCGUGCUCAUUUGAUAGGACGGUAAAAGUAUGGGAAGAGCAGCCGAUGGAAUUACAUGGUUCAGGUAGAAGAUGGACAAGAUUAGCCACUCUAGCAAUUGAAUCAUAUGGUCCAAUUUAUGAUGUUAAAUUUGCUCCGAAUCAUUUAGGCUUGAAGUUGGGCUGUAUUGGGAGUGAUGGGAUUUUCAGGAUCUAUGAAUCUUUGGAGCCCAAUGACUUGACUAAUUGGGCUCUAACAAUAGAAAUACCGAUACUUAGUCAACUGCUACCGGCGAAAAGCUUGCAGAGUAGUUUUGCCAUCGAGUGGUGCCCAUCAAAGUUCACAAAAACUGAAAAGUUCAUCGUGGUUGCACUAGAUCAGGGCUUCAUAUACACUAGCGUGCCAAAGGAUACUGAUGCGGGAGAGGAUGGUGGAAGUGAAAAAUAUAUAAAGGUUUGCGACUUACCAGAGCACAAUGGUCUAAUAAGAUCUGUGAGCUGGGCACCAUCUAUGGGUCGAAGUUAUCACUUAAUUGCUACAGGAUGUAAAGAUGGCUAUGUAAGAAUCUUCAAAGCUACGGAAACCCCCACAGGUGACUUUAAAAUAGAGGCACUAGCAAAGAUGAACGACCACCAAUGCGAAGUUUGGCGAGUAAAUUGGAACUUGACAGGAACUAUAUUAUCAUCCGCUGGCGAUGACGGAAAAUUGAGGCUAUGGAAAUGUAAUUAUCUAAGUGAGUGGAAGUGUAUGAGUGUCAUCAACACCAGUAAUAGGUCAGACAGUAGAAGUAUAGAACAUGAAAUUAGCAAAUCUAGGUAG